AUGGUAAAGUCGACGCUAAUGUGUAACGCUAAAUCCGACGCUUUCAGUAGGCAGAAGACUUAUGUUGAUAAUAGGAGGCAUAACUUAGAGUUUUCAGUAGGUGAUCAGGUAUUUCUCAGAGUAUCGCCUAUGAAAGGAGUGAUGAUGUUUGAAAAAAGAGGCAAGCUUAGUCCUCGUUACAUUGGUCCAUUUGAGAUAUUGGAUAGAAUAGGUGCAGUUGCUUACCGAUUGGCUUUGCCGCCUGAAUUGUCUAUAAUUCAUCUAGUGUUUUACGUAUUAAUGUUGCGCAAAUAUCUUUCCGAUCCAUCUCAUGUGCUUGCACCACUAGCUAUAGAGUUAAAAGAGGAUUUAUCAUUUUAA